AUGGGCUCAACAAGACUAGGAUCCCAAAAACUCCAUGCAGUUUUUGUCCCUUACCCUGCACAAGGCCAUGUUAGUCCCAUGAUGCAAUUAGCCAAGCUUCUACACUCAAGGGACUUCCAGAUUACCUUUGUCAAUACUGAGUUCAACCACAUGCGCUUAGUCCGGUCUAAAGGACCGGACUCUGUCAAGGGCCUAUCCAACUUCCGGUUUGAGACCAUACCGGACGGGCUGCCUCCUUCGGACAAAGAUGCAACCCAAGAUAUUCCAGCUUUAUGUGACUCCACUAGGAAAACCUGCCUAGGUCCAUUUAAGGAGCUGAUAAUUAAACUUAAUAACUCAUCUUCUGAAGCUCCACCAGUUACUUGCAUUGUUACAGAUGGUCUCAUGGGCUUUGGGAGCAAAGCUGCAAAGGAGUUAGGCAUUCCAGAGGUUCAAUUUUGGACAGCCUCUGCUUGUGGCUUCAUGGCGUACUUGCAGUAUGGUGAACUUGUCAAACGAGGGAUUGUUCCAUUCAAAGAUGAAAAUUUUAUGCACGAUGGUACGCUCAAUACACCAAUUGAUUGGAUCCCAGGCAUGAAAAAUGUUCGUCUCAAGGACAUCCCUACCUUCAUUAGAGUGACCGAUGUCAAUGACAUAAUGUUUGAUUUCAUGAGUUCCGAAGCACAAAACUGUCUGAACUCUUCUGCAAUCAUCUUCAACACAUUUGACGAAUUUGAACAUGAAGUGUUAGAGGGAUUAUCAACCAUCUCCCCUAAAAUUUACACCAUUGGCCCCCUUAAGUUGCUUGGCCGCCAUUUUCCUGAAAGAAAAUUGACAAAUUCAGUUACCUCAAGUUUAUGGAAAGAAGACACAAAAUGCCUAGAAUGGCUUGACAAAAAGAAACCAAAUUCAGUGGUGUAUGUUAAUUAUGGCAGCAUAACUAUGAUGACAGCCGAACAUCUGAAAGAAUUUGCAUGGGGGCUUGCAAAUAGCAAGCACCCAUUUUUGUGGAUUGUUAGGCCUGAUGUGGUGAAGGGUGACUUGGUAAUUUUAUCCGAUGAAUUUUUUGUGGAGAUUAAGGAUAGGGGUUAUAUAACCAGUUGGUGUCCACAGGACCAAGUGCUAGCUCAUCCAUCUGUUGGGGCUUUCGUAACACACAUUGGUUGGAAUUCUACUAUUGAAACUAUAUCUGAAGGGGUGCCUGUGAUUUGCUGGCCUUUCUUUUCUGAGCAGCAAACGAAUUGUCGAUACGCAUGCACUGAUUGGGAGAUUGGAAUGGAGGUGAGCCCCGAUGUGAAGCGCGAUGAAAUUGAAGCACUUGUUAAGGAAAUGCUGGAAGGGGAAAAGGGGAUGAAGAUGAGGGAAAAGGCUAAGGAGUGGAAGAAAAAAGCUGUAGAAGCGACUGAUGUUGGAGGAUCAUCGUACAAUAAUUUUGACAGAUUGAUUAAGGAUCUUCAAUAUGGUGAAUGACUUGUAAAAUGAGGGUUUAUCUUAUUUUCAUGCAGGAUCACUAUUGUUUUGUUUUUAUGUCUAUCUUUGGUUUGGAUUUCAGUUGUUUCUUUAGGGGGUUUGAAAUUUAUAAUCUCUUCCAUCGUAUAAAUAAACAACUGUGUUGAAUGUCA